AUGAAAGCCUCACUCACUCUCCGUGAAGACCCUAAAAACCCGAUUGUCAAAGCCAAGAUCCCACUAACCAUUUUUGGCGUCCCAUUCUCCUCCAGGGUCGAAGCUGGAGAUUACAAGGAGCUCUGCAUCAGUUUCAGCACCGCGUUUCGCUCCGGCCCGCUGCUGAGGUUCUCCUACAGGCCUAACGAUUCGUGCCGCCAGUUUGGGGUGACGUUGAGAACCGGCAUCGGGAAGUUCGGAUCGCCUGCCGAGUCGCCUAUAUCCAUUAGCGCGGAAUUCAACUCCAUCGGUAAUAAUUGCCGGCCCAGCUUUCUUCUCCAGUUUAAGCCUCGAUCGGGGGAUUUUUCUGUUCGGAGUCUUGUCGAAAGUCCGCAGUUGAAUCUGUCUUCUGAGAAUUAUGAGUCUCUGGCGGUUGAAAAUGUUGUCGUCUCGGAAGAGAGACUGACUUGGAAUCAGUUGUUUUCUCGUGCGUAUGGGGUAUUGACUGAAGGGGAGAUGCGAGCGACAACGUCGGUGCCAGUAAAUCAUUCGGUGGUGAGGCUCGGGUGGAGCAUGAAGUUUCUUCCUCCGGUAGCGACUGCGGAAGGCGGCGGUGGUGGUUCGUGGGCUGAGUUUUUGUCGAAGGAAUUGCCGUAUCUAGUGCUUCGGAAAAUAGCGGUCGAGCACGUGCCCGGACAAAAGGCGGGUAUGGGAAAGAAGAUGACGUGGCAGAGGCGCGUUUGGGCUUGA